GCUAAACAAAUGUGUAUCAGUGAAUGUCUCUGGUAAUCAGCAGCAAAGUACACUUGAUAAAUAAUAUUAUUUACGUGAAAGCGAAGUGGCGUUGACAUAAAAUAUAUUUCGAAAAAUUUGUUUUAUUCAUUUCCAUGAAGUCCCUCAAUUGCAUUAUGGGAUUUCUUAAACAAAUUUAGUUUCACUUUUGAUAGUGAUAUCAGGAAGUUAAUGACACAAGAGCUUGCAAGCGCCACUGGUAAUGUUCUACAUUUUAAUCUAUUAUAAGGGGCAGAAUGGAAACUGCUGAAGGAGAUGUGGAAUCUCAGUGUUCUUCCAGUUUGCAGCCAACAUCCAGCGACGCAACUGCACAAAUGACACUAGCAGACCAACAGGCAGCCAGCAGUGACAGCUCAGAUCAAGAGACAUUAGUGCUUAAUUUGUACCCAAUUGACCCACCAGUAAUCAGCCAUGAGCUAAAUGAUGUCCCAGUUGCCUCAAAUGGAGCACCUCUCAUGGGCCUAACCGUCACCGCAGAAAACAAGAACGAGGAUAGUUUAUUCAAACACUCCACAACUCUAACCAACAGGCAGCGUGGGAAUGAGGUCACAGCUCUACCGGCCACUUUAGACACUCUCUCAGUUCACCAGCUGGCUGCACAGGGUGAGGUCACGCAGCUAGCAGCACACCUGAGCAGAGACAGGUCUCUGGUGAACAGUCGAGACGAGCGGGAAUUCACUCCCCUCAUGUGGGCUGCAGCGUUCGGGGAGAUCGCAGUGGUGGAAUUCCUCCUGGAGAAGGGAGCAGAUCCUAAAGCUCUGGCUCGAGAGAGAGAGAGCGCCCUGACGCUGGCCAGCUCCGGCGGCUACGCCGACAUCAUCAGCAUCCUUCUCCAGCACGGCGUGGACAUAAACACAUACGACUGGAAUGGAGGAACGCCUCUCCUCUAUGCAGUACGGGGGAACCACGUGAAGUGUGUGGACACCCUCCUGGGUGAGUCUGCGCUCCCAUCCAUGACCUCAGCUCACAAACACGGGUUCCGCCCGUGUGCUGUCAGUCACGGUGGCUCUGGGUGUCCUAUGCGUUUCAGCCGGGGGGGCAGAUCUGACGGUGGAAGCAGACUCUGGGUACAGCCCUAUGGACCUUGCUGUGGCUCUGGGACACAAGAAGGUCCAAAAGGUGAUUGAGAAUCACAUCCUGAAACUG